ACCAGCUAAGAGGCUACAAAAGUGCCCUGUGUCCUCCCAGCCCUGGAUGUAAUGGUCCUUUUUCUCCUGCAGAGGUUCACCCUUGUGCUGGUCCUGGUGACCCUGGCUGCUGCCUUCGGAUCAGCUUUCCAGUAUGGCUACAACAUCGCAGUGGUCAACACACCUCACAAGGUGGGCUGGGGCCCAGUUUUCCAGGUCUUGAAAUCAUUUUAUAACGAAACCUACUUUGAACACUAUGGAAAAUUCAUGGAUGAGAGUUUGCUGUUGCUUCUAUGGUCUGUUACCGUGUCCAUGUUUCCUCUGGGGGGCUUCUUGGGUGCCCUUGUCGUUGGCCCCCUGGUGGACAGGUGUGGCAGAAAGAGGACUCUGCUAAUCAAUAACAUCUUCUCCAUCAUCCCUGCCAUCUUGAUGGGAUCCAGUAAAGCUGCCAAGUCAUUUGAGAUGAUCAUCGUUUCCCGGGUGAUGGUGGGAAUCUGUGCAGGCAUAGCCUACAGUGCCCUGCCCAUGUACCUGGGAGAGCUGGCACCCAAAAACCUGAGAGGCACAUUAGGAACAAUGACCGAGGUUUUUGUCAUCGUGGGAGUCUUUCUAGCACAGAUCUUCAGCCUCCAGGCUAUUUUGGGGAAUCCUGAAGACUGGCCUGUGCUCCUGGCAAUCACGGGGAUCCCUGCAGCCCUGCAGCUCCUCUCCCUGCCCUUCUUCCCAGAGAGUCCCAGGUACACGCUGAUUCAGAAAGGCGAUGAAGUCCAGGCCAGGAAAGAUUUGAGGAAGCUGAGGGGCUGGGAGAACGUGGAGGAUGAGAUUGAGGAGAUGCGCCUGGAGGACCAGUCAGAGAAAGCCGAGGGCCGCCUGUCUGUGAUCAACCUCUUUACCUUCAAGGCCCUGAGGUGGCAGCUCAUCUCCAUCAUUGUCCUAAUGGCAGGCCAGCAGCUGUCCGGCAUCAAUGCGGUCAACUACUACGCUGACACGAUCUAUGCCACAGCCGGUGUGAAUCCCAUGCACUCCCAGUAUGUGACCGUGGGCGCAGGCAUUGUCAAUAUUGUGAUGACGGUCCUCUCUGCUUUCACUGUGGAGCUUCUGGGGAGGCGCCGCCUGCUGCUGGUUGGCUAUGGAAUAUGUGGCUCAGCCUGCCUGGUGCUGACACUCGCUCUCAUCUUCCAGAACAAAGUUCCAGAGCUGUCUUAUCUCAGCAUCAUCUGCGUCUUCUCCUACAUUGCCGGCCACUCCACAGGGCCCAGUCCUGUUCCCUCAGUAGUAAGGACUGAAAUAUUCCUGCAGUCCUCCAGGCCUGCUGCGUUCAUGGUGGAUGGGGCUGUCCACUGGCUCACCAAUUUCAUCAUAGGAUUGGUGUUUCCAUUCAUCCAGGAGGGCAUUGGUGCCUACAGCUUCAUCAUCUUCGCUGUAAUUUGCCUCCUCACUGCCAUCUACGUCUAUGUGGUUAUUCCUGAGACCAAGGGCCAAACAUUUGUGGAAAUCAACAGAGUUUUUGCCAAAAGAAAUAAGGUGGAGAUCCCAGAAAAGAAAAAAGAAGAAACAACAGACUUCAUCACUUGCCCACACCCAACUUCUAACAAGGAAACGAAUUUUUAAUGCCUGAACACUGAGCAUUUAUAUAUGGUAUCUACUCCAGGCCUGUGCAAAGUACUUUUUUUUUUUCCCUUUGGUGAGGCAGUUGGGGUUAAGUGAC